CAAGAUGCCAAAGCUGAAGCACAUGAUUGAUUAGGUGUUCCUCUCUCAAGUAUGAAGUACUCACACCACUCAGAAAAGAUUGCUCUUAAAUGAACACAUAAUUAUCCUAAACUCGUCCUGAGGACUUCCCUCUUCCAAUUCAUGAGCCAGCAGGAUGUGGUCGCUGCACUGUCAGAACGCCUGCUUGUAGCUGCAUACAAAGGCCAAGUGGAUAAUGUUGUGCAGCUUAUCAACAAGGGUGCCAAGGUAGCAGUUACCAAGCAUGGACGAACCCCCCUACAUCUUGCAGCCCACAAAGGACAUCUUAAUGUGGUCCAGAUCCUGAUAAAAGCUGGGUGUGAGCUGAACAUACAGGAUGAUGGCCACCAGACCGCUCUGCACCGGGCAUCUGUGGUGGGACACAGUGACAUUCUUGCAGUAUUGAUACAAGAAGGUUGUGCUUUGGACAGACAGGAUAAGGAUGGCAACACUGCCCUGCAUGAAGCCGCUUGGCACGGAUUCAGCCAAUCUGUCAAACUGCUCGUUAAAGCUGGAGCUAAUGUGCUUGCCAAGAACAAGGCAGGUAACACACCUCUCCACCUUGCUUGCCAAAAUGGUCAUUCCCAAAGCUGUCGAGUAUUACUGCUUGCAGGAUCUCGGGCUGACUUAAAAAAUCAUGCAGGAGAUACCUGUUUACAUGUUGCAGCUCGCUACAAUCACUUGUCUGUCAUCAGGAUACUACUCAGCGCUUUCUGCUCUGUCAAUGAGAAGAACCAGGCUGGUGAUACGCCACUCCAUGUUGCUGCUGCUCUCAAUCAUAGGAAGGUUAUCAAAGUGCUUUUGGAAUCUGGAGCUGACGCUGCACUUCUUAAUAAUGCAGGCCAGAUUGCUUUGGACACAGCAAGACACCACAAUAAUUCAGACGUUGCCCUCCUCCUCACUAAAGCACCACAGGUCUUGCGUUUUAGCCGUGGCAGAAGUUUAAGAAAGAAGAGAGAGAAAAUAAAGGAGGAGAGGAGAACCCAGUCUGUACCAAGAGAGGACAUAGCAGACAGUAAAGCCAGCAUUUCGGCAGCUGAUGACACACACAGUAGUGAACAGGCACCAUUAAAGCAGGGGGAUGGCAAAGAUGAACAGCGGCCUUCUGCAGCAGGAAAUAAACAGAGGAAAGGAAAGAGAGCAAAAACUAAAGAAAAGAUUUCAGCUCUUUCAGAUCCAACUUCACCUGCUGAUCAGCAACCCUUUUGUAGUGGCCAGCAAACAGGACACAACCACAGAAGAAAGAGCAAGCACAGAGUUCCAUCUCCGCCACUCCUUCCUCAUGAGGCUCGGGCAUACCAGCUCUACACUCUUUACAGGGGAAAGGAUGGCAAAGUUAUGCAAGCCCCCAUCAAUGGUUGUCGCUGUGAGCCACUCAUAAGUAAGCUGGAGAACCAACUGGAAGCCACCAAGGAGGAAAUAAAGGCUGAGAUUGGCACUGUGCAAGAUCAAAUGAAUGCAAAGUUGGGUCAGAUGGACAGUAAAACACAGCACCAGCUGCGGGUCUUGGACAAGUUAAUGAUGGAGCGGAUGUCUGCAGACAGGGCGGAAUGUAUCUGCCGCCUCCAGCAACACUCUGAAGUGCAGAAAAAUGAAGCUGAGAAACGCCAGGUAUCUGUGGUGAAUGAGCUUAAAACCUGGUGCUUACUAAAAAUCCAGAACUUGGACCUGAAGCUUUCUGGAGAUUCCAGACCUUUCAAAGCCAAAUCAUCUCCUUCAACAUGCGAGUCCACAGAUCAGCCCCUUUCAGAGAGUCCGAACAGCAUCAAGGACUGCAACAGCACAGACACCUCCAUUCCACCACAGUCCUCCAUUCAACAUUCAUUUGUCACUAGGCAGAGCAGUUUAUCCGAUGAGCCUUCCAAAGCACUUCCAUCUGAAGAAAUCAGCAGACAACACCAGAUUCCAUCCCCUCAAGAUCUCAUGGUGUGUGCAUCUGUAGAGCAGCAAUCUGUACCUGUUGCCCCUCCAGCUGUGAGGCCUAAAGAAAAGACAGCAAGCUGUACCCCAUCCUGCAGACAGCCAGCCCUCCCAUCUACCAGCCUUCCCAACCCUAAACUGAGACACACCAAAAUCCUCCCUGCCACCAAAAAUGGAACAGAUGCCAAGAAAGGCGAGAAGCAAAUUGCAAAUCUCAUGGACCGAGGCACCCAAACAAGAAAAUGUGGGAAACCUGGGCAGCUCAGACAGCGAAACCUAAUGGCAGGACCUCCGAUUCAACCGCCAUCUUGUAAUGCCGGGGGCAACCAGGUUGGCAUGCAUCCCAGGGACACCUCUCAAGCUCUGGAAAUCACACAAUAUUUUUUUGAAGCAGUAUCUACUCAAAUGGAAAAAUGGUAUGAAAGAAAAAUCGAAGAAGCCAAGUCCCAAGCAAACCUGAAGGCACAAGAAGAUAAAGUAGCUUUGCAACAGCAUAUAAGGAGUUUGGAAGAAGAACUAAUGAAGUUGAGGACUAAGUUACAGAAGGAGAGCUAGCAGCAGAGCCAGUGCUGGAUAUGAGAGAUAUCUAUCAUAAGAUAACCAGUCUCAAGUUAGAAGUUGCAACACACAGAACUAUUUGAGUGAUUGGUGCAUUCAAACAACUGUGAAAACCAAGAAAACUGUACAGAAAAAAGCAUGUGCCAUUCUUUAAUAUUGAUGUUUGUGAAUUGCAUGAGCUUUUCAUGCAGGAGACUGCUCUUUUGCUUCAGUAGAUCAUUUGACAUUCGAUGCAAUGGGAUCAAUGUGCCAUAGGGCCACAGUUUACUGUGCUGUAUAUUUGAUGCUUGAAUGUAUUGAACAAAUGCAUGUAUAAAGCUGCAUUUACUAGCCGAUCCCGGAACAGCAUAUGAAAAACAGAUUAAGCCUAUUCUGUCACUUGUAUAGGCUGGUGUCACGUGUGCUUCUACAUGAACGUAUGUUCCCCCAAAUCCCUGUCUAAAAUCAACUGCAGUAUUAUUGAAUGUUUUAUAGAGUUUCUUACAAUGUUCAACUCCAGACACGUGGCUAAAUACACCGUCUUACCUGCCAUA